UUUUGGAAAUUAAGGACCAUUUGAAAUUUGACAUCACUUUAGAAGCUUUAUGCAGAUACAGCGAUUUAUAAACAUUUCAUUCUAAUAUGUCCACGGGAAGUCGUGCAGGUGAAAAACAAGCUAAUCUCCGGGAAAGAAAACCAAAAAAAGAUGAGGCGAAGCAGAAUGUGCCUUCAGAGGAUUAUCUUGGGCAAGAAGGUCCUGAUAACGAUACGGUGCAAAAACGGAUAAUGUCAUUUACACCUGUACAAUAUGGCUUAGGCAUAAUAACAAUGCUGGUACUAGUAAUGGGAAGUACUGUGUAUACAUUGCAUGCUAGAAAUGGAGAACUUGUAUCCAGGAUAGAAAAAUUAGAAAGGAAAAUUCUAAUUGACCAAGAUAUUGAGAAGCUCCAAAGUGUUGUUAAAAAGUUGGAAGGCAGCAGUUCAGAGUUGGAAACAAAGGUUAAAACAAUGGAUAACACAGUUAAGAAAUUGGAACCAAAAGUUAACGAAUUGGAUGAAACAUUUGAUAAAUUAAAACCUACAGCAGCGGCAUGUAAGGAAACUAUAGACAAGUUAGAGCCAAAACUUGUCACAUUGGAUCAAACUGCUGACAAAAUGGAACCUAAAGUUGAAACAAUAAAGGAAAAAGUCUCAAAAAUGGAACCGAAAGUUGACGAAAUGGAUGCAAAAGUUACCAAACUGGAACCAGUAGUCAAACAAAUGGAUGGAAAAUUUCAGAUAUUGGAACCAAAAGUUGACAAAAGCUCUAAAUUGGUUGAAGGAAUGGAACCAAAAAUAAAAAUAUUAGAUGAAACGGUCAAGAGCUUACAACCAAAAGUUAAAAUGAUUGAUGAUAAAGUUGGAGAAAUGGAACCCAAAAUGGAGCAUUUGGAUGAUAUAGUUAUAAAAUUAGAACCAACGGUGGAAGAAAUGAGUGGAGCAGUUAAGGAAAUGGAACCAACAAUUAAAAUGUUAGAUUUAACAUUUAACAGAUUAAAACAAGAAAUUGAGAAGUCAGAUGGAAUAAUGACAGAAUUAAAACCAAAAAUAGAAACAAUCAAAGAAACAUUUGACAGAUUAGAACCAAAAGUUGAUAGAACUGAUAAAACUGUUCAAAAAUUAGAACCAGUAAUUCAAGACAUGGACAGAAAAGUUGACAAAUUAAAACCAACGGUUGGAGGUUUAGAUGAAUCAGUUAAGAGCAUGGAAGAAAGAAUUGAAACCUUGAACACCAAAGUGUCCGAUACAGAGACAUUAACAGGUGAUGUAAGAGAUUUGAAGAACAUAACUGAAGAAAUGCAUGAACGCUUGAGUAACCUUGGUAAUUAUUCCUGGAAAAAACUUCCAGAGAGUCACCUACGGUUAGAUCACCUGGAAUUAUCUUCGAGCUCCCAUUUCAAAUUCUUGUGUGUGUUACUGGUGAUGUCUUUAUGUCUGGUCUGUUGGUCUGUGUACAGUUAUUCUCAGAUAUCAGGGAUGAAGAAUGUCCAGUACCGUCCAACUUCUGCAGCAGUUAACCAGAGAAUUGCCCAGACUCCUACAACAGACAGGGAGUCGUAUAGGCCGGUGCAGUCAGUACUUGACAGCAUGCAUCCCUCAUCUCUUGCCAACCAGAUAUGUGUGAUCAGUUUCUACCCCGAGACCAUGGCAUUACAUAUGAGACUGGUAGAAUCUGCCUGCAGAAAUGGAGAACUCGCCAAAGUGGCAAGAGUUAGUUUCUUUUUAUCUAAUCACAACAGCAUCCCUAAAUUACCCCGUGUUAAAGUCUUCCUGGUAUUUGUGGAUUUCAACGAGAGAGAUAUAAUUCUAGAACAUCCACAGCGAGAGGUUGGUGACCUUAGACUGACAACUGUCCAAGGAGCUCGCAAACUAGGAGGUGAUGUGUUUGUGGUAUAUGUAAAGGACAAAGGAUCACAGAAUCUUGAUGGAGGUCAAUUGUAUAACAAACGUUUGCGCUCCAUCGAAACACAUCCUGAACUUUCUGACCUCAGUGCUAAACAACGCGUGCUGACAACAUUUGAUGGGUUUACAGUGCACCAGUGCUCUCAUCUUGCCAAAUGUUUCUUAAGGACACUACAAAAGUAGUAGCAGCACCAGGUUGACACUCCUUGUUUGUGCUGGAGUUUCCUCCCCUUAUUUUCAUUCUGAUUUUCAUUUUUACUGCAACAAAAUUUUAAUCGGUUCGCUGCGAGUAACUGUGAGCUGUCCUUAUAAUGCAGUUCCUUUGGUCACAAUAUCACUGGUUAUAACUUAGAAGGUUUAGGCAUUUUCAUAAUUAAUUUUUGAAAGGCUUCUUAGACCCUACAAUAACAUUACACACUCCUAAUACUUAGAUGUUAACAAUUGAAAUGCUACAGCAAUUUUAUGCUGAGAUUUCUUUGUAUUUUUUCCUUUUUUCUUUUUCAUUUUUUUCCCAAAAUUGAACAUGUAUUGGACUCAAUCAUUUUUAUUCAAGAAAAAUGAAUCAAACCAUUAUUGGGGUAGAUUAUUUAUUUCAUGAAUUUUCCAUGUUUUGUAUGCAAAAGUUUCAGUGUCCACAUAUAUACCUCCCACACCCCUGAUGUUUUGCACAUAUGAUAUUUAAUUCAGUAUUGUGUAGUCAAGCUGCUUCUGAUGAAUUUUGUUAUCAAUUCGCAUCAUAAUCCAAACUAAUCAACACAGCGUCAUGGUAAAACUUUGUGUUGUACUAUCCGAGAGCUUGACUAUAACUGAAUUCAUUAUUGUACUUGUUUGCCAGAAAAUAAAAAUGUGCUAAAAUUUGAAUGCCCUAAAUUAAGUAUGUUUGAAAUAUACAAUAUAGAGCAUAUGUUACUACUUCUUUAUUCUAAAGUGUAAUUUAGAUUUAUAUAUUAAAAAAGUGAGGAUAUAACCCUUUAAUACUACAUGUAGCUUCAAUAUAAGGCUGGGGUUUAGAGAUCUUCAGUUAACAUGAAACUAGCAGCAUGUUGUCAUUGAAACAUCCAUUAAAUAAAACAUGCUGUAGUGAAACCUGAGGUUUCAGAUGUGAUCUCCAGAGGUGUAAAGAUAGUGAUAAGUGUAACAAUGAGAUGUUCCACAAGAUCAAACUGAGAUAUAUGUGUUUUUUUUUUAAUUACAAUUCCCAAAGAGGGUUACGAUAUCUGAGGGCCAGAAAACCUGUCAGCAUCUGCUAAUUUUAGUAUAAAUAUUCUAAGGAAAAUUAAAAAAUUAUAUAUUCAUUUUUGAGUUUUUGGACACAAUUUAUUUGUUAAUGUUACACUGCCAAUAAUAUUGUGGUGUGUUUCUGUUUAGUUAGAUGAUUAUGUAGUUUGGCUUUGUUGUUAUUUUUAACACUAAAAUUGAUUAAAGCUUUUACUGUGACUUGUA